AUGCAGAUCAAGAACGAUCAAGAAAUCUUGGACCUGGAACUGAUGGAAGAAGAACAUCGUGAGCAAUCACGCUUGAAGGUGGCUGAGAAAGCUCUGAAAGCCGCUGGUAUUGCUGAGAGAAAGAGAAUACACGAAGAGAAAGCUUUUGAGGUUGAAAGGUUGAAAGAAGAAAAGCGUGAUAAACGGCAAAAGGAAAUAGCUUUUCGGCAAGAGGAAGCUCUUGAAAAAGCACGACAAAAAGCUAUCAAAGACGCUGAGAAAGCCGUCAAAGACGCUGGUAUUGCUGAAAGAAAGAGACUGCGCAAAGAGAAAAAGAUUAAGCCUCCGAGUGUACAAGGUUGA